AGCGUGACAGAAAACUACGUUUCAUCAUCCCAUUUCCCACCCUACAACAGAAGCAGACUCGCCUGCAGUCUAUAAAUGGGAGCAAGGGAAGUUAAGGCAGGAUGCCACAUUCUGCCUGGGUGAAUUGCUACACACGCAAGCAGGGAAGAAUGAACCAUUUAAACCUGUCCUUUUCCGCAUCUGGGUUUCUUGGGAUUUACCACUUGGGGGCAGCAUCUGCUCUUUUAAAACAUGGUCAAAAAAUGCUGAAGUACGUGAAAUGCUUUGCGGGGGCUUCUGCGGGUUCCCUGGUUGCCACUGUCCUUUUAACAGCUCCAGACAAAAUAAAGGAAAGCAAGGAAUUUCUCUAUGCUUUUUCCGAAGAUGUCAGGAAACAGAAACUGGGAGCCAUGACACCAGCUUAUGACUUUAUGAAAAAUUUAAGGGGAGGCAUAGAAUCUAUUCUUCCUGUGAAUGCUCAUGAAAUGGCGGAACAUCGUCUCUAUGUAUCAAUCACAAAUGCUAAAAGCAGAAAAAACUGUUUGGUUUCACAUUUUGCAUCCAGAGAAGAGCUCAUUAAGGUACUUUUGGCAAGUAGCUAUGUGCCAUUAUAUGCAGGUAUCAAAGCAGUGGAUUAUAAAGGAGAGAAGUGGUUUGAUGGAGGCUUUACUGAUAGUUUGCCUCAUUUGCCCAAUGGACGAACCAUAACUGUGUCACCUUUUUCUGGUCGACUAGACAUAUGCCCACAGGAUAAACCACUAUGGGAUUUAUAUGUUACAUUUGCAAAGCACAGUAUAUUGCUAUCAGAAGCCAAUCUUAGACGACUCAAUCAAGCAUUGUUCCCUCCAAGGCAAGAAAAAAUGGAAGCUAUUUUUCAAGAUGGAUAUAAAGAUGCAGUGAACUUUUUGCAAUUAGAGAAAUGGUAUGAACACUGCUGACAGCUAUAUGAUUAUUGGUAAACUGCGCUGCAUAUUUUGACAUAAUAUGGAAACAUUUGUGGAUAUAGAUGUUCAUUGAAAGAACAUUAAUGAAUAGUAACUCCAGGCAGACAUUUACAUGCUUUGUUAUUGCUGCACCUAUGUAUGGUGAGACUGUAGUAAUGUCAAAUAAAACUGAUGAUGAUAUUUUUAGGUGGACUGGACAGUGUCUGACCUUGUAUUAUAAACAUUUGCACCUAAAAAUUGGCUCCUAAAAAUAACACCUAAAAUAACAGAAUCAUUAUCUUAUUGCUGCGUCUAUUGGCAAAAUGUCCCCAUGUUAAGAUUCUGUGCAAACAUUAAUGUCUGGAAUGUUGUUUCUGAUAGAGCAUAGUGAAUGCGAAAUAAUAUUUUAAUAGAUUUAAUUUAAUUAAAUACAAAAUUGUACUACUGAAUAUAAUAAAACAGCAGUGAACUAAAUGUCAGGCAUUAAAUGAAGUUUACACAGCCAAUUUAUAUCAUUUCUUUUUUUGUACAUAAAAAGGGUGUUAUUGAUGCUGUAUAUUUACCAUUUAACCCAUUUUAUUACGUAUGUAUUUACACACACACAUAUAUAUAUAUUUGUAUGUUUUUGCGGUAAAGUUCAGGUUAUUAUUAAUAGACUUAUGUGCGUCGGCCACUCAAACAAAAAAAAAAAAAGAGGAAGAUUCAUGUUGGAGAGUGAGAUGGUAAGUAGAUGUUAUCUAUUACAUAUAUGGCAUAAAAUGUGCUUGUGUUCUGCCAUGACCCUACAAUUGCUGUUCUGAGUAUGCAGCUAUAGUUCAGCUAGUGGCAUUCACUUGGUGAGUCAGGUUAAUCCUGAUCCUGUUAGCACUCUGUUUUUUCUGCCUUGAGACUGACACACUUAGCAGACAGGUCAAAGAAACCCUGAAAGUAGAAGGAGAUUGUCUUAAGGGUGUGUUAGGGGCACUGUAAUAUCUGUGACCUGGGGUUGCCAUAUGGUAGCCUUAGCUUAGCCAGAUUUGUCAUAUGGGUUAGCGUUUCCAUACUGGGGUAUAGCAAUUACAGUUGUUACUAGUAAUUUUGUAAUUUUUUUUGACAUAUUAUGUUCUCUCAUUCUCCAUUUUGUAAAAAAAAAAAUAAAAUUAUUUUUU